ACCCAAUGUUAGCAUUAUCUGUGUAAUAUUAGGCUGUAUGAAUACGCAACAACACUAAUUGUCAGCAUUCUUUUGUCUGUUUAAAAGUUUGAAUGCGCUGUUUUAACUUGACCGGAAGACUCAUUUUUUCAUCCGGAAAUAUUCAACUGAAAGGCUGAACUGCAACUGGAGGCAAAAUAGCAAUGGGGGUGACUUGCGUGUGCCAGGUGCCGGUGGCGGAGGGUAAGAGCGUCCAGCAAACAGUGGACAUCCUCCACAAGAAACUGGAGCAGCUGGGUGCUGUGAAGCAGGGCAGCUUCUGCGUGGACUGUGAGACAUACACAGGAAAUGUCAGCGGUCAACCCUCCAAGCUCUUGUAUGUGAUGCAUAACUCUGAAACUCCCUUGAGCUGCAUGGCUCUGUUUGAAGGCGGACCCUGUCUGGUAGCUGAUGCAAACUUUGACGUCCUUAUGGUGAAGUUAAAAACCCACUUCCAGAAUGCCAAGGGGCACAAAGUGGAGUGUCGUGGUUCAAGAUAUCGCUACUGUGACUUCCUGAUAAAGGUUGGUACUGUGACAAUGAGCUCCAGUGCCAGAGGGAUAUCAGUAGAGGUGGAGUACUGUCCCUGUGUGGUUCCAGGGGACUGCUGGAAUCUCAUGAAGGAGUUCAUGCAGUCCUUUCUUGGCCCUAGUGUCCCUGAACUGCCAUCUGUGUUUGCUGCCAAGCCUGAAGGUCUCUUUGCACCAGCAGACUGUGUUGACACCAUGACUCAAUACCUGGAGUUGUUCAACAAACUUCGAAAACUGCAAAUCCCAGGAAGUAAUGUGCGUUGAAUUGUCACUGGGAAUGAAAAGAUCUAUUUAUUUAUGUUUGUAGUGAUGUUGCUUUAGUUCUGGUCCUAUGGAUCAGAAGGUAACCAGGCUUUUUUUUUUAAACCAGGGGUUUUUAUUUUGAUAUAUGAACUCUGUGUUGCAUCCUACUUAAUGAAAGCAUUUGCAUUCAAGAGGUGUCAUGGAGAGCAUUAGCUAGAAUCUCUGUAUCUACCAUGAUCCAUCUAUCAUACUGUAAAUUACAUGACAGAGAUCUCUGCUCUGUUUAAUUUCACAGUAUAUCUACACUAGUAAUCAGUGUGCACAAUACCACAGCUAAUAUUUUUCUUGUCAGAGUAGGAAUAUUACAGGCAUUAGCAAUAACAGCAAUAAUGACUGUUCUUUUCAAGGGUCCUGACAAACCAUGGCCAUUGAUAAAUGGUAUUUAGGUGUCAUCAAUUUUAUUAUUCAGACCUGUGCUUUUCCUACUGUGAUCAGGCAAAAUUUCUUCAGUGAAAAAAGUAAGACGUCAAACAAGCCACACAGCCCCGAGGAGAUCUCUAAAGUCAAGCGAAAUAAGUAAAAACACAUGAUGGGUGUGCCUUUGUUUUACUGGAUCAGUAAUAAUUGUCCCCUAAGGUAAUGCAUAAAACUCAAAAAGCUGUCAACACUUUUGAUACUGAGUAUAUUUUACUGAUAUAACUAUCUUAUCUCAGAAUUUCAAAUAGAUUUGUACUUGUAACUGUGUGUUUAUGUGGUGGUAUUGCUACUUCAUGAGGAAAAGAUCUGAAUAAUUCUUCUACAGAUGUUUGACAAGUUCAAAUUUCCAUUGUAAGAAAAGUUAAUUAAAGGAUAUGUAGGGAAGAAUAUGAAUAAGUGGACAAAAGGUUUGUAGAAACAUAAGAGUUCUUUCACAGUGCAUCUACACAAGCUCAAGCAAGUGUGAGAAACGCUGCAAAAAACUCAUGUAAACAGUGACCACAUUUAAAAGUCACUUGGGGUAGUGUUAAUCUGUUAUUAAACCAUCAAAUCGAUGCCUUUCCAUUUUAUAGCGUUGUCAUGAUAUUGAAA